CUUUUCUGAAGCCAUUUUAUUUUUUCCAGAUUUAAUUGUGGGUGCAUUUGGAGCUGGAAAAGCAGUUGUUUACAGAGCCAGACCUGUUGUGACAGUGAAUGCUCAUCUUAUUCUGAAUCCCAUGAUUGUGAAUCCAGACAAUAAAACUUGUCAGCUCCCUGGCUCUCAGCUUUUGGUGGCAUGCUUCACUGUAAGAGUCUGCGCAGAUUUUGAAGGUCAAAGUAUUUCAGACGAGAUAGUGCUGAAAGGUGAACUGCAAUUAGAUUCAUUGAAACAGAAAGGAGCUGUUAAGAGGACCCUCUUUUUUGAUUACCAUCAGUCACAUCAUUACUUCUCCAUUGUGAUAGAAAGACAGAAACAGCUCCAUUGCCAGGACUUCCUUGUUUAUCUCAGAGAUGAAACAGAAUUUAGAGAUAAAUUAUCUCCCAUCAAUAUAAACUUUAAUUAUAGUUUGGAUGAAUCCAGUUUUGAAGAUAGUUUGACUGUGAAGCCGAUACUGAACUAUUACCAGAAAAACUCAUUAACAGAACAGGCUUACAUUCUGGUUGACUGUGGGGAGGACAACUUGUGCAUUCCUGACUUGCACCUUUCUGCUAUACCGGAUACAGACCAGCUAAUAAUUGGAGAAGAAAACUGUGUCAUGCUUAUAAUAAAUCCAAGGAAUGAUGGGGAAGGAGCCUAUGAAGCUGAGCUACAUAUAAAGAUUCCACCAGAAGCAGAUUACACUGGGGUUGAACGCAACAACAAGGCACUGCGUGUAUUGAGCUGUGAUUACAAGAUGGAAAAUGAAACUAGAAUGGUGGUUUGUGAUCUUGGGAACCCCAUGGUGGCUGGCGCAAACUUCUCUACAGGCAUUCGAUUUUCCGUUCAGCAUUUUGAAAAUGCAGGUUUCAGCAUCAAUUUUGAGCUGCAAAUAAAAAGUUCUAACAAGAUAAAUGCCACCAGCAAUUUAGUUAACCUCCCUAUCAACAUCAGUGCUGUGGCUCAAGUACAGAUCAGAGGAGUGUCUCACCCCCCAACAAUUAUUUUGCCACUUCACAACUGGGAACCUGAAGAUGAACCUACAAAAGAAGAAGAAAUUGGUCCUUUAGUAGAACACAUCUAUGAGCUGCACAAUAUAGGACCAAGUGCCAUCAACAAUACAGUUCUCCAUGUGGGUUGGCCUGUGUCCAGUCGAGAAGAGUUUCUUCUUUAUAUUCUUCACAUUCAGACACAUGGACCAUUGCACUGUCAAACGAGCUCUCCUAUUAAUACAAUGCAAAUAAAGUUUGCUGUUCCACAAGACACUCCUGAACUUGCUGCUUUUUUGUAUAAUUCCUCAAUUUCUCAUUACAUCAGGAGAAGGGAUGUCACAGUGGCAGAAUCUCACAGGAAAAACUCUGCAAAAAUACUGAACUGUACAAAUGUGAAGUGUGUCCUAAUUUCAUGUACUGUGGGACAACUGGAAAGAGGGAAGAGUGCUGCCCUGAAAAUCAGGUCCCGACUCUGGGCGCAAACAUUCCUGGAGAGAAAGAAUGAUCUCUAUACUCUUUCUUCCAAUGUUUCCUUCGAAGUUACUAGCAUGCCAUAUAAGGUGCAACCAGCAAAGCUCCCCAGGGGAAGCAUAGCAAUCAGAACAUCUGUCAUUUGGUCCACCCCAAAUGUCUCCUUUGAAAUCCCUUUAUGGGUUAUAAUACUAGCCAUACUUCUUGGACUACUAGUAUUAGCUCUGCUGACCUUAGCUUUAUGGAAGUGUGGCUUCUUUGACAGAGCUAGACCUCCUCAAGAUGACAUGGCUGACAGGCAACAGCUGACAAAUAACAAGACUACUGAUGCAUAAAGGAAGAGAGUGACAGUUCAAGUCAGAAUCCUGCCUGAGACUAGAAACACGAUGAGGAUUAAAUGAAGGAUUCCUUCCACAAGUCUUCCUUUGUACCUGCAAGUGACAUGGUGUUGUAAUCUGAUCUAUGCAAUAUUCUGAGAACAUACCACAACAGCCAUCCUUGCCAAAGCAAGCAGCUUUAUCACUGCCUUACAAACAUAUUCACCACUGAACAGAAUGUUUAUCCCAUAUUCCAGUCAGCUGAUGUUUCAGCAGAUGCUUUUGAACACGUGUGGUAUACUGAGAUGCUUCCAGAACAAACCCAGAUCUCUCAAGGAGAGAAUGCCUGUGUUGCUGUAUUGUCUAGAAGAUGGACCAGGACAAACCUUCUGAAUGCUACUGUAUCAUGCAUAUUACCUUUGAAACCUCCCUAAGAAUAAGAACUUUUAUGAAAUUAUGGCUCAGGGAGACAAGCAAUAUAUCAGUACUGUGAAAGUACUUCUGAAAAACAAAGGUAGUCUAUAAAGAACUUUAUAGAUGGGGCACAAUUAUUUAUUUUUCCACCUUUUUGGAAUAAGUAUCUGAUAUAGUAAUCAACAUAGAUUUUGACAGAAGAAAGUUAAAAAAAAAUCAUUUACUUACUUUGCAUGUAAAUAGAAAAGUAAACCCAUUGUACACAUAGAACACAACUUUCUUG